GAGGACUGAAGGUGGAAAAUUCAAACCAAACAGACACAGAGAAGAACAAAGCUUCGCUAUCCUUGAACCAGACAGCGCAUACAAAUAGUAAUUUUGGUUAAGGUUGUGGACCCCAAUUCCUCCCACCCAAAAUACUUAUACAUUUCUAUCUCAGAUCAUCAUCCACCUUCGUUGCAAGAAGUUUUCAAUCUCCUCUCCUCUCUAUAUAUAUCUCUGUACUUCCGUUUCCGUUUUCCUCUCCUUUGAAGACUGUUUAAGCCCUCUACGACUCUUUCUUUUUAAUUUCUUUUUGGGUCUCUUUCUAUUCCAUUGACUCCCAGAUCGACUGUUUCAGCUCAAGUUUUCUUCCUCUUCUUCUUCCAUUUGGGCGAUCUUGGAGAGGUAAAAGAACAGUCAGAUCUAAGACGUGUAGUGUUGUUAAUAAGCUAGUAUGUCUUUUACUGGUACCCAGCAGAAAUGCAAGGCCUGUGAGAAGACUGUAUAUCCCAUGGAACUUCUAUCCGCAGAUGGUGUUCCUUAUCACAAGUCUUGCUUUAAGUGCUUUCACUGCAAAGGCACUUUAAAGUUAAGCAAUUAUUCCUCAAUGGAAGGUGUACUCUACUGUAAGCCUCACUUUGAGCAGCUUUUCAAGGAGACGGGUAAUUUCAACAAGAAUUUUCAAUCACCUGCAAAGUCAGCUGAGAAGUUGACUCCUGAACUGACAAGGUCACCUAGUAAAGCUGCUAGCAUGUUUUCUGGGACACAAGAAAAAUGUGCAACUUGUGGUAAAACAGCUUAUCCACUUGAGAAGGUAACAGUGGAGAGCCAGGCCUAUCACAAGUCAUGCUUCAAAUGUUCUCAUGGUGGCUGUUCCUUAUCCCCAUCAAAUUAUGCAGCCCUUGAGGGUGUCUUGUAUUGCAAACAUCAUUUCUCCCAACUUUUCAAGGAGAAAGGAAGCUACAAUCAUCUUAUCAAGUCUGCAUCGAUGAAACGAGCUGCAGCUUCUGUGCCAGAAGCCUGAAUACCUUGUCCAAAAUUUGAUAUCCAUGUGUGUCUCUUUACUAUUUCAGUGUGCUUUCCUUUCGGAUCCGAAUUCCAUUCUGAGGAAUUGGCAAAACUUGCCUCUUUUUUGUUUUUUUGGUUCAGUUUCUUGGGCAUGUUCUUGUGUUUGAUUGAUGGAUAGGAUUCUCACAAAUUGUAAAAUGAACUCUGGAGGAGUUUUAUAUGCAAAUGUGGAAGUUACAAUGCUGCUUCAUUUUCUGUUA